CUCAGUCAUUCAGGUUUUUUUCCAUGUUUAUUAACCUCACAUUGUUGACAGCGAGUUGAACAUAAAUUAACCUUUCAAAAACCUGAAGUAAAUAGUUUUUAAACAUGAAUCUAUUACCGAAGUGUCAUGAAGACUUUAGUAAAGCCGAUUACUGGAAUACAUUCUUCAAGAAACGAGGAAAAAAAGCAUUCGAAUGGUAUGGAGAAUAUCCAGAAUUGUGUGGGCAAUUAUCCAAAUUUAUAAUGAUAAAAGACGAUGUGUUGAUCGUUGGCUGUGGUAAUUCUACCUUGAGUAUGGAUUUGUAUGAUGUUGGAUUCACCGUAACAAGUAUUGACAUAUCAAAAAUAGUAAUCGACCAGAUGAGGGACAAAAACAGGUUAGACCGUCCAGAUUUAGUAUUUGAACAGAUGGAUGCAACACAAACGACAUAUUCAGAUGGAAAAUUUUCAGUUGUACUGGAUAAAGGAACUCUGGAUGCCCUCAUGCCCAAUACCAAUGAAGAUACUAUUCUCAGAAUAAAUAGGUUUUUUGACGAAGUAACGAGGAUACUACGAAGAGGAGGCAGAUACAUAUGCAUAUCCCUCCUCCAGGAACACAUCCUCAGGAAAAUAGUUGACUACUUCUCCAGUCCAAACUACAUGCUUCGAAUCACCCGAUGCCACCAGGUAGAAAACAAAACAAGAGAGGAAGAAGGCAGUGCCAUCCCAGUUUUUAUGGUUAUGGCAACUAAAUUUCCUGGGAUAACACAGAGAGUAUUGGAAUUAUCACUGACAGACAGUCCUCCAGUGCGAAUAUCCACACCAGAAGAAUUCAUAAACUCCGUACUGUCCGUUCAACAAUCUGCCCUUGUCUGUGAUAGAUUGCAAAAUAAAAAUGUGGCUGACGUUGGAGAAGUGAAUUUGGAUUUGUACAUACCUGGAAAUGACAGUCCGAGGUACUCAAUUUACGUUCUCGAUCGACCCUCCACGAGGGGAAAGAGUUAUGCGGUUUUCCUGGUACCUCAAGGCCGUGGCACAGACUGGUUGUUCUCAACUCCAGAAGGAAGGAGGCAUUUUCUGUCCAGCGUAGAGAAGGAUCGUGUGGCUAUCGUAAUUCUCCGUCGAGAUCACAAAUUUCUAGACUGGGACCAGGUCCAAGAUGAGUUAGGGCCGUGUGUAAGAAACCUCUCACCCCCAGGUCUUCCACCAAACUACAAAAUUGAAUACCUGUCCCUCGGAGCUGACAUCGGCAGCCGAGAGAUUCUCCAUGAAGGAGAGAGCAAGAUCAGUGGAAAAUUCGUCGUCGAAGAGGUGCUCGAUAACGACCAGACAACACGAAUUCGUCGUCUGGUGUUCCUCGACAACCAGCUAGUGGUCCAGAGUGAAGCUAAAAUACGAUCCAUCAGGACAAGGAGAGGGAAGAUGAAGAGUGUUGUUGAUCCUGGGGCUCUAGCCUGUGAACAUCACGCUUUUAUGUCAGUGGGGGUCAACGAAGUCCUUCGGAACAAAACUGAUGCUGAAAUUUUAGUCGUGGGAUUGGGAGGGGGUGGUCUCUGCCUUUUCCUUCGGCACUGUUUUCCAAUGUUGAGGAUAACAGCCGUUGACAUCGACGAGAUGAUGUUGAAAAUUGCAACCGAGUGGUUCGACUUUGUUGUUGAUGACCAGACAAAAGUCGUCAUUUCCGAUGGAAUUAAAUUUUUGGAGGAUACUGCCAAAAAGGGAAAGAAAUUUGACGCCAUUUUGUUCGAUGUAGACAGCAAAGAUUCGUCUGUGGGGAUGAGUUGUCCACCGAAACAAUUUCUGGAGAAUAGUGUCCUUAAGAAUGUCUCGAAAUGUCUGAGUGAAAAUGGGCUUUUCGUUCUAAAUUUGGUCUGCAGGAAUAAGGAGCUCAGGCCUGGGGUUCUUAAUGAACUGAAGAGUACUUUUGCAGCCGUAGCUUCCAUGAAAAUGGAAAGCAUUGUUAAUGAAAUUUUGAUGUGCUCGAAGACUCCGAAGAUUGAGGAUUGGACGAGUAAUUGGAAAACUUCUGCCGAAGGUUUGAAUGAAAUUGGGAGAAGAAAAAAAUUGUUGAAUUCUGAUGUCAUAGAUAUUACAGAACUCCUUGAUGGUUUAACUAUUGAAUGGUAAUAUGUACAAUGGUUUACGUGAAUGAAGAAAAAUAAUCAAAAUCACUUAUA